AUGACUACACCCGAAGUAUCCCACGGCCGCGGCGGCGCCGGCAAUAUCAACCCGGACGACACCAAGUACGUCGAUGGCGAAAUCGUGCGCCAGGGUCACGAAGGUAGCCACGGUGACGGCGCAUUUAGCACCGGUCGAGGAGGCGCAGCCAACAUCGCCGACGCCGACAAGCCGCCCUCCGCAAUGCGCACAGAUCGGGAUAUCGUCCCCGAGGAAGCGACGCGCCCAUCUACCGACGGCGAGAGCUUCCACGUAGGUCGCGGCGGCGCUGCGAACGUGCACCUAUCCGAGCAGGACAAGCAGAAAAAGCAAGAGAAGCACCACGGCGCCGGCAAAGUCGUCGAUAGCCCGUCGACGCCCGGCACCGCGCCAAACUUGAGCCUGGCCGAUAAGCUGAAGCAUAAGAUCUUUGGGGUGUUUAAGAAAUAA